AUGACUGAAAUCUCUGGAAGCAACCUUUACCCGACGUUUGAGAUUGGAUCUCUGGCAUUCUUCCGCAGCGAGAAUCACAUCGCCUUUGUUGACCAUCUCGGCAGUGAGAGCAACUUGGGGCAUCACCAAGUUGGCGAUGUUUCACUCGGUUCCCUGAGCGCUAGCUUGAUGCUGCCCAAGCAGAGUGUCUGGAACUUUCGCAAUCACCUCGGACAUGGACCAAGCCCUGCCCAAGCGACUCCGUACCCCGAGAGCAGCGCCAACGCCAACAUUGACUCGGUCAGCUGGAUGGUCUGGAGCUACGAUCCCAUGGAGGCAAAGAUCGCAUUGCUUGCCGAUUGGGAAGUGAUUAUUCAAGACUUGAUGCAGCAGGCAGAGAAGCCCGGAUUGAAGUCCGGUCGCACGACAGUGCUUGAUGAGGGAAACCUGGUGGCUCGUCUACGGUAUGGACUACUCAUAUGCAUUGAGGUGACGAUUUGA